AGACAAAAUAGUUCAGCUAUAUAAACCCAGCUCUCUGUAUCAUUUUCCUCCCCCGCUUCCUCUGCUUCUGUCUCUCUAAACACACAGCCAGUUGCUCCUCAUUCCUCCGUUAGCAUUUCGUCGUUUCGAAUUUAAUUUCGAAUCAAGAUGGAAUUCGAGAACAGAUACAUGCAAGUUGAAAGACCAAAAUAUGACUGCCUUCUCUUUGAUUUGGAUGAUACCCUCUAUCCAUACAGCUCUGGUUUGGCAACUGCCUGUGGCAACAAUAUUAAAGAUUACAUGGUUGAAAAGCUUGGUAUUGAUAGGAGCAAAAUCGCGGAACUGGGGAACUUGCUGUAUAAGAAUUAUGGCACAACUAUGGCCGGUCUUAGGGCGAUAGGCUAUGAGUUUGAUUACGAUGAUUACCACAGCUUUGUUCAUGGAAGAUUACCAUACGAAAAUCUUAAGCCUGAUCCUGUUUUGAGAAGCCUUUUGCUAAGUCUUCCUAUCCGUAAAGUUAUCUUCACAAAUGCUGACAAGGUUCAUGCUGUGAAAGCACUCAGCAGAUUGGGUUUGGAAGAUUGUUUCGAAGGGAUCAUUUGCUUUGAAACAUUAAACCCGAUUUACAAGAGCGCAGCAUCUGAUGAUGAGGAUGACAUUCAGUUCACCGGUUCAAAAUCAUCUUCCAUGACUACCAGCAAAAAUGAAAUUUUCGACAUUGUCAAAUAUUUCUCCCAGGCUAAUGCUUCCACUUCAGCAUUGCCAAAGACACCGAUCGUAUGCAAACCAUCUGAGCAUGCGAUUGAGAAAGCGCUCAAGAUUGGCAACAUUAAUCCUCAAAGAACUCUGUUUUUUGAAGAUAGCAUUCGGAACAUACAGGCUGGAAAGCGUGUUGGCCUAGAUACUGUGCUGGUAGGGAAUUCUCAGAGAACUAAAGGAGCAGAUUAUGCAUUGGAGAGUAUCCACAACAUCAGAGAAGCAUUACCAGAGCUUUGGACCGCGAGGGCAGUGACAUCCGAUGCCAGCAACUACAACAAGCUUGCUGUGGAAACAUCUGUGACUGCUUAGGGUAGGUGUAUUAUUGAGUUGGUACACGUGUCAUUGUCGGAAAUAAUGAAAUCAAGCUAUUGUCAAUGAUAAGGGAUGGGAGGGAUCUUGUAAAGUAGUCUUUAAUCAAGUCAUGUAAAUGUUUUGUUGUUGUAUGAAGUAAUUUUGUUGUGUCAUUUGUUAUUAAUAAACUGUUGGCGCCAACAGCAGUAGCAUUCAGUUCAAGAAUACAGCAAUUCUUCUGACUA